GAAUCACAAGAGAGCCAAGUUUUAUUUCAAAAAGAAGAGUCCCUUAUCAUGACGCACAGAUUUCAAAAUCUCUUGAGUGGAAUGGAGCGAUCUCAGAGAACGAUGUGGUUGUAUCCCCAAAACCUGAAGCCCCAGAAAUAACAGAAUCACAGGAGGCAGAACAAAAAGAUGAUGUUAACCAAGAAAAUGUUCUUGCACUAGAAGCCUCCAGGGUUCCCAAAAGAACCAGAUCUCACUCUACAGACUCCAGAGCUGAAGGGGCUUCAGAUAUUGUGGAAAAUGAUGCGGAUAUAAUAGCAAACCAUAUACCAGUUAAUGAAAAUGAGGACCUGCAGCAUUCUACCAAGCUGCAUUCAGAAAAUGUAGAUAACGGGUUGGAUAGAGUUCUUCGGAAGAGAGCAGGAUUGACCGUUGUUCCUUCACGUGAUGUCUUGAGGAAUUCUGAAUAUCAAAGGCAGUUUGUUUGGAAGACCCCUAAAGAAACUGCUCCAGUUUUUGCAGCCAAUCAGGUUUUCCACAAUAAAAGCAAAUUUGUUCCACAAUUCAAAGGUAACUCAAUCAUCCAUGAAACUGAAUACAGAAGAAAUUUCAAGGGUUUAUCUCCAGUGAAAGAACCAAAAUUAAGAAAUGAUUUGAAAGAGAACGGAAAUUUUGAAGCAGUAUCUCCUGAAAAGAAGUAUAAUAAAACAGAUGACCCUUUAAAAUUAGAAGCAGAGAUGGAAUCAAAAGAGUCAAACCAGCCUAAAAAGAAGCUUACGACUUGGAGACAUCAAAGGCUUGGGAAGGUGAAUUCUGAAUAUAGGGCAAAAUUUCUGAGCCCAGCCCAGUAUUUAUAUAAAGCCGGGGCUUGGACCCGUGUGAAGGAAAACAUACCGGAUCAGGCUUCUCUAAAUGCCAUGUGGUAUGCGGAGGUUAAAGAACUCCGAGAGAAGGCUGAGUUUUAUAGGAAACGAGUUCAAGGAACACAUUUUUCUCGGGACCAUCUGAAUCAGAUUCUGUCUGACAACAACUGCUGUUGGGAUGUCUCCUCCACCACAAGCUCAGAAGGAACCAUUAGUAGUAACAUUAGAGCUCUAGAUCUUGCUGGAGAUCCUACAAGCCAUAAGACUUUGCAGAAAUGUCCUUCUACAACACUGGAAGAAAAAAGGCCUGUCUUGGAAGAGCAGCCGCAGAAAAAUACCACAGAGAAAUUGGGCACGUCAAAUGCUCCCACCGUACCUGUUAGAAGGCGCCUGGCGUGGGAUGAAGAGAACCCCAAUGAAGGCACGCAGAAACAGCCGAGAGAGGAGAGGGAGGAGGAGGAGGAGAAAACAGAAAAGGACAAGCAGGUUCAUAUGGGAGAGCUGGAGAAGUUGGAAGUACAUGAAAAAUCUAAGGCAGACAAGAUAAAAGAAGGGUCAGAUUCUUCUUCUGUAUCUUCUGGAAAAGGAGGCCGGCUUCCUACUCCAAAGCUAAGAGAACUUGGUGGAAUCCAAAGGACUCAUCACGAUCUCACCACUCCAGCUGUUGGUGGUGCUGUUUUAGUGUCUCCAUCUAAAGUGAGGCUCCCAGUCCCAGAGCAGAGGAAAAGAAUGUCUUCUCAGGAUGGCUUAGAAACUGCAAAGAAUGAUUUUAGGAAGAAAGAAAGUCACGCUAUAUCCCUCCUGACUUCUCCAGCUGCUGGUAUAAAAACAGUUGAUCCUCUGCCUUUGAGGGAAGAUUCUGAAACCAAUAUCCCCAAAUUUGCUGAGGUAACUCUUCCAGUUUCAAAAAUUCCAGAAUAUCCAACAAACACACCUGGGCAGUCUCCUUCUCCACCCUGUGCUCCAUCCUACUGGCAUCCCUCCCGUCGAAUUCAGGGCUCUCUGAGAGAUCCAGAAUUUCAGCAUAAUGGUAAUUAUUUUGGUUUUAAUUUUUUGUCUUUUGAAAUGAAAGUGUAUACUGAUGGGUACAAAGGCUUAAGUAAGUACUCUAUGUUAAUAAAUUAUGUUACCUAGUAUUUUAGUUAAUGUAACAGGGGAUUUCUUUAAAUGGGAAAAGUCUCACUCAUCUCUCUGGAACACUCAGCUGUGCUAUAACCCCAGUUUACUUCUGUAUAAGUGUGAGCUUCCUUCCUUCCUUCCUUCCUUCCUUC